UGCCGAUAAAAACAAGCCUCACCUUCGAGACUCUGCGACUGACUUUCUCUUCUCCUCCGGCUUUGCUGUUUUCUGCCCUCUUGCUAACAUGGAAGCAUCAUGCCUAGUUGUCCUGCUCAGGUUAUGCGUCCAGAUAUUAUGCCUCCCUGCUUACUUGCUAUGGUACCUGGGUAUCUGGGACCCCAUUUGUAAGAAGGUAUUCCCCCACGUCUUGGCUGUGUUGAGCUCAAUUUAUAGUAAGAGGAUGUAUGACAAGAAAAAGGAAAUGUUCAGCAACCUGAAGGACUUUUCCAGUCCCACGGGGGCCCUCACACUUUUGGAGAUUGGCACAGGAACCGGCUCCAACUUUCAGUUCUACCCUGCAGGAUGCAAAAUCAUAUGCAAUGAUCCGAACCCCAACUUCCAGAAGUUUAUUGACAAGAGCCUGGCUGAAAAUCCACAUGUGCAGGUGGAACACUGUUUAGUGGCUCCAGCUGAGGACCUGCACCAGGUACCAGCUGCAUCGGUGGAUGUGGUGGUUUCAACGCUGGUGCUAUGCUGUGUGAAGAGCCCGGAGCAAGUUAUGAAAGAAGUUCUACGGGUGCUGAGACUGCGUGGGUUGGGUAUCCCUGUUCGCUUCAGUCUCUCCUUCUCAUUCUGA